AUGCCGCCGUCUGCAAGUCACCAAAUGGCGUUCUUGUCCAGCCUGCAGGCCAUGAACGGCAUGCUCACCAAACAGGCGUUCUGGCCACCGAUCACCAUUUUACUUGCCCUCGGACUUCCCGAAGAAGGUCCAAGUCUCCCGUAUCGGGGACAACACGGCUGCACUGAAGGUGAAGCGAAGCGAGAAGUCCUCCUCGCAGCGACGGAGGACUUCCCUGACACUUGGUGUAUCGCAAUCUAUCGCAGCUGAAGAUCCGAGUUGGGUGGUCCUUCGGAGAUAGCUGCAAAUUGUUGAGGAAUGGUUCCCAGAUCCCUCCAGGACGGUAGUCAAGUCCGGGAGGCAUAAUGCAGAUCGUUAACUGGGAGGUGGCGCAACCCA